AUGAUGCGUCUCUCGGUACUCUCUCGUGCGGCUUGGAGGCACACCGGUGCCCAGCUAGCGGCGUCGGUCGGGCGUAAGUCGUCGAUCGCGACGGCGAUGAACAAAACAAAGACGGCAAAGAAGAGGUCUGCAUCAAGCCGCGUCACCUCUCGCCGCGGCAGGGCGAGUCCAGCACGUCUCAACGAAUCCAUGACGGGGGCUGCCGGAUCGCGCGUAGUGGUGGCGCCACCUGACGUCGCCACUACGGAUGUGGCCCGCACAAAUGCACACGUGACAAGUCUACACAAGCUGAGCAACACCACGAACCUCGCCUCAUCAGCAGUGCACCUCGCACGCGGUGAACGCAAGACACGUGUGAGCUCAUUAGACAGCCACGCCAGCGCGUCAUUUCCUCCUCCCUCGCCGCCCCCCAUGCCGCAUGUGAAUGGCUGCAACGUCUCCGUAGCAACUCUGCAGCGCCGCAUUCGCUCUCUUCUCGCCCAACUGGUGCUGCUCUCCCCCGAGCCGCUGCGUCCGAGUGCCCUCUUUGCCCGCUACCGCGACGCGGUGGACGAAGAGACGGCAAACAUGUGUGCGUGGGCCGCCCAUGCCGUGUACAGGUACGACCACGGGUUACUGCAUUGCGGCACCAAUGGGGCAAGUCAUGCGGCGUGCAGGGGGGUGUUGAGCGAGGGAGAGGCAGGUGCACGCGAUGUCGAACGGCAAACGGCGGGUACAACGGAGGACAAUGCAAACAGUGGAAGCAGCUGUGGUGGCGGUGCGGCGGUAGAGCAGCGUGUGCUGUGGAGACGAGGGCAGCAGCUGUCCCAAGCCUUUCGCACGAGUGUCGUGCCACUGGUGACGGCCCUGGGCCGCGGCGGUGGUAGUGGUGGAACCGAGAUGUCCGUGGCCCCUCGCCUGCCCGCCAGCCACGAAGUGGAGCAGUGGAUGUUCUUGUCGAUCAUCUUUUCAGAUCCCGAGUUUCGUGUCUCGCCGUACUCCGGCGCUGUCUCCUACCCGGCAUUGCCGUCCAUGCUGCUGGCUACAGUCAACCCACUGCGCGAUCGUGAAGUUGCGAAGCUCUGCUAUGCCCUGCAAUGGGGAGUGCAGGCAAAGGCUGCCGCCUACGCCGCGUUCUGUGAGACGCGGGACACCAGCGGCAUGAAGUACUUAAGCGGCACCGCGAUCCGGAAACACGAGCAGCAGUCACCUGUACCAUCGGCCACCGCUCGAGAAGAGGUAGCCGACACUUGCGAAUUUGUGUGGCUGAAUGGGGCGGCCGGGUCGCCGACAUGGACCACCGCCCAUGCACAGUACCUCCUCCACAGCGCCUUGGCAGGAGUACGCAAGCCAUCCGAUGAGUCGGCCACCAGGUCCGUCGCGCCCACGACAGGGUUCUCAGCAGACCAACAGCUGCGCAAGACCAUCUCGGCCGCAGCAAGGCAGCAGCACACUUCUGGGCAUCCGCUCGUGGAUGUGAUGCUGCAUGCUUCGUCUGUGGUCGGCGUAGCAACUCGCGGCGGCGGCUCCCAAACGAGCGAAGCGAAUGUAUUCAUGAAUAGUGGUGGCACAGCGGUGGGGACGACGCGAGGCUCUGCAGCGGCAGCGGCACAGCCACCAGCCCUCGGGUGGAAUGAAGGGAAAAAAGGCACGGACGUUGCCACGUCCUUUGCAGCGGACACCAGCGAAGAUGGCCUGUUCGCUGUUAUGAUGGGCGAUCUGCCAACUCGCAGCCUGUCCGCCGGCGCCAUGUACGAGAUCAAUCGCCGUCUUAUCGCACAUCUCUUUCGCAAGUUUACGGCUAUCCCCAUCCCCGUUGCACGCCUGUCCACCGCGGUGCGGUGGAACUUGUCGGUAGCACAUGCCGCGCAGUUCCGAUCCUUCCUGUACUUCUUGCUUCUCACAUCGGCGAACCCGAUGGUGCAUCGCAUGGCCGAGGGUCAACGACAUCGCCGGCGUGCCAACGCUCUGUGCGCCGAUGUCUGGGGCCGGAAAAGGGGCUACGAUGGUGAGGCGCGAGGCGGCGUCGAAGACGAGGUGCGCAACGCACUCGCUCAGUACGACCCGCGCACCUUUAAAUGCCUUCAAGACAGCGGCACCGCCGAGGGAAGUACCGUAGCAGCGCUGCGUCGGGCGUUUGUCGCCGACGCUGAGGUCACGGAGAAGUGCGAGCACGCCCCAACUACCGUGAUGGAGACGAUGUGCGUGCGUGUCCUUCCGCACGCGCGACCAGGGCAGUGGCGCACCGCACCCCGCAGUCCGACCUGUGGCGCGGCUGCUGAAGCGUCGGUGAGCCCAGCCUUCUGCGGCUAUCCGCUGCGCUUUAUCGAGGUGCUGCCGACGUGGCGCCAGACACCCGAAGAAGUGCUUCAGUACCUGUGGCGUCAGCAAGACCAGGCGCAGCUUUGCAGCAAGGACGCGAGCUGGCUGGAGAACGAGGAGCCGUACAUCCUGGUCUUCUCGCUUGAUCGCGGGGUGCUUGACACGCGCCUGCGUCUCGUCAUUGACAGGUAUUUGGAUCUCAGGAAUGGCGCUGCAGCCUCCACCGUGCCUCCCAAUAGGGCCACUCUCGCACGGGUGACUCUGCGUCAGCUUGGAGUGAUAACGCUGUGGGCUCACGAGUACGGCGCGGAGAUGGCGGCAGAGCUCCUGUUUGUGCACCUGCUGCCCCGCCACGAAGAGGUGCGGCUGCACCCUCCGAUGGAAAGCGGACACAAGCUUUGGGGUGAGGAGACCCACAAGCAGACGAUCACGACCAGCGGUGACGAGACCAACAGUGGCAGCGGCAGUGGCUAUGGCGCAUGGACAGUCGAGUUUCUCCCCCACUGA